UGGAAAAUAUUUGAUCAAAAAAAACAUAAAGUAAUCAUAGUGGGACUUGAUAAUGCUGGAAAGACUACUAUUCUUUACCAAUUCUUAAUGAAUGAAGUGGUUCAUACUUCUCCAACCAUAGGAAGCAAUGUAGAAGAAAUAGUGGUGAGAAACACUCAUUUCUUAAUGUGGGAUAUUGGAGGACAAGAAUCAUUACGAUCAUCAUGGAAUACUUAUUAUUCAAACACAGAGUUCAUCAUUUUUGUUGUUGACAGCAUUGAUAGAGAGCGACUUUCUAUAACAAAAGAAGAACUUUAUAGAAUGCUGGCUCAUGAGGAUUUACGCAAGGCCGCAGUUCUCAUCUUUGCGAACAAGCAGGACAUGAAAGGUUGCAUGACAGCUGCUGAGAUAUCUGCAUACCUCACCCUGAGCUCCAUAAAGGAUCACGCAUGGCACAUCCAGUCCUGCUGUGCCUUGACAGGAGAAGGAUUAUGCCAAGGUUUGGAGUGGAUGACCUCCCGUAUUGGAGUGAGAUAGCUUCUCUUUUUUUUUUUUUUUUUUUACACAAAAGAAGAGACUUCUGUUUAUCCUGUGAACAUGUACAUUUUUCUGUACUUCUGGCUGCUGAGGCAGUGACCAUGUUUAAUUUAUAUCAGCCUACCCCGAAACUGUACUUGAAUCAAGUGCAGUGGAACUGAGACACAAAGUAUUUUCUUAACUUUUUUUAAUACACUAAUUUUCAACUGGAUGAACAUAUGUGAAUCUGGUUUUAAGCAUUGAAAUUCCUCUGAAUAUGUAUUCUAACUUAUUCAAUGAUAGCUUUUUAAAAUCUGUUUUGUCAUUGUCAAUAUUUCAUACUUCCUCUUUCUAAAUAAUUUAUAUAACUAACUAACAUAAAUAAUCAUGGUUUGUUUAAUCAUUAAAAAGUAGUGAGUAAGUUGACUUUACUCUGGCAUAGCUUUACCUACUAAGGAUAACCAUAACAUAUCUCCAGUGGGCUUCCUGAAACAUCAGUAGUGUUCUAGCUGGCAUAGGAGUUAUUAGUUAUGAAUGCAAAUUUUUAAAUGCUGAACAAGUUAGUUAUAGUUAUUAU